UUUCGAAGGAUGUGAUACGAGGAGUAAUGACAUGGAGAAAAAUGCCAUCACCAACUUUAUCUGCCCUAAUUUCCAAUCCCACUCUUAGAGAAUUCCUGCAACCAAAACGUUCUGAACAUUUACCAGUCAAGCCUCCACCAUUGUUGAAGGAGAUGCCAGAGGAAUUGAAAGAAUUAGCAGCAUCUGGCACUACAAGCCCAAUACAAAUGAGGUGUAAAAUGAACAUCACCCCUGCCAUUGUUAGCGAGAACUUUGUUCUCCCAUCAGAAGACGAAAAUACAGAAUGCAGGUCCUACAUAGAAAAUGAUCUGAACAAGCGAAUACAGCUUGAGAAAAACCAGCUUGGAAAGAAGAUAAGAGAACGGAUAGCAAACCUGCUGGGCUUAGUUUCUGAUGACACACUGCUUUAUUCAUAAAAAUGUGGAAAAUUGGUAUUGAAAAAAAAAAAAAAUUACUACAAACCAUAGACAGCCACACACACACACGUAUACACACAACAACAAAAAAAAAGAGAAACAAAAAAGAUUGAAAAUAAAAUAAAUAAAUAAAAUAUGACAUAAAAUAAUAAUAGUAAUUAUUAUUUCUACUCUAGGCACAAGGCCUUGAAAAUUUGGGGUGGGGA